AUGGUCCAGUCAUUGGAUAAAGGACAUACACUAGUAUUUGCUUUGGUGAUUAAACGUAGUUACUGUGGCUUUAAGGUAUCCAGUAAAAUUUGUACUCAGUGCCUUCUAUCAGAUCCUUUAGUGGAAGAGCUAACAGUUGAAGCAUUUGCAGCUCCUAUUUACUCCAUUGAAAUUCACUUGCUCCGUUUAAAGUUGAUUAUGGCUCAAGAUAAUCCUCGGGAAGAGCGAGCUAAUCAGUUUGAGGGACUCAAUGAUGUUCCUUUGUUUGCUGGAAAUCUGGAGGAUGAUCCAGAUUUGGAUGCUCUUAUAGAGGAUAUUGAUGAUCCUGCAAAUCUUAUGCCACCAACUUUUGGAGUUUCUAUUACUACCUCUGCUCCAGUUGGUGUUGAUGUUGGUCCUUCUGAAUUAGCAGUUAUUAUUAAUGCUGGAUGGUUAACCUACAAAGUUUAUAUGUCUGAAGAAAGUAUUGAAGCUUGCAUAAAGGGUAUUCAGCAAAAGUACACGAGCACACUUCCAUAUCUUAUAUCCUUAGACCUCUCAAGCAAUAAAAUUAUUGGUGAAAUUCCUGAUGUGUUGAUGGACCUGGUAGCAUUGACGAAUUUGAAUCUUUCAAGAAACGAACUAAGUGGACACAUUCCCACAAUGAUCGGAAAUCUAAAGUCAAUGGAAUCUUUAGAUUUGUCGAUGAACAAGUUGUCUAGUCAGAUUCCUCAAAGUUUAGCUAGUGUGAACACUCUAGGCUAUUUGAACCUAUCAUUCAAUAAAUUAUCCGGUCCAUUACCGGUUGGAAAUCAUUUUCAGACUUUUGAUAAUCCCGCUAUAUAUGAAGGGAACAACGGACUAUGUGGAUUCCCACUAUUAAGUUGCCAAGGAAACAAUUUAUCAUACUCUCAUGUUGGUGAUGAUGAAGGUGAGAAUGGUUCACAAGCUUUCUCGUGGUUUUAUGCUGGUAUGGUUCCAGGAUUCAUUGUAGGUUCCAUGGGACUAAUUAUUAGCUUGCACUAUAAUAGGAAUUGGAGGGUAACUUACUUUGAAAUGAUAGAGAAUGUUUACGUUUUUCUAAUGGUUUCUAUCAAGUGA